UAGGCCGAAUAGCAUGUUUACAAACUCCUUUCCUGUUUAAAAAAUCAAAGCAUAAACAAAACAUGGCUAGCAAAACAAAACGUCAACGUCAAACUCGGGCGCUCGGCCGCUGGCGGCGGUCACGGAAACUUUGUUUUGAAUUAAAAUGUUCAAAUUACCGUUAAGAAAAUUGUAUUUUCUAGUGAAGCUAUGUUUUCUAUUCAUGAUAGUUUUAGUUACUUUGAGUUUAUUCGAAUACUGGCGCGGAGGAAGACGCGCUACGCGAGCGGUUAUACUGGAGCCCGACGAAGAUGUUUACGAGAGGCAGAUCCUUGAGGAUGAGGCUCGGAUAAUCCCUGGCUUGGGUGAGGGAGGCAAGCCUGCAUACCUCACCGGCGAAGACAAGCGUUUAGGAGAAGAAACGGAGAAGAAAUACGCCGUUAACACUUACUUGAGCGAUCGCAUUGCUUACAACAGGACUUUAAAAGAUUUCCGUAAUCCAGCGUGCGAGCGUAUCACAUACGACGCGGAACUGCCUUCCACUUCUGUCAUCAUCAUCUUCCACAACGAGCCAUAUUCUGUCGUCAUUAGAACGAUAUGGAGCGUCCUGAACACGGCGCGGCGCGACCAGCCGUGGCAUCGCCGCGCCGACUACCUCGAGCGCGGCACCGGCCGCAUCAUGAAACUAGGUUACCCCGGUCAACCCGAGGACUCCGAGCACGUGUACCUGAAGGAAAUCAUCUUGGUAGACGACAACUCCACCCUCCCCGAGCUGCGCGGGAAACUGGCGCGGUACAUCAGGACAAGACUCCCCCUCGACAUGGUGCGCGUGCUGCGGCUGCCUGACAGGAUAGGCCUGACGCGCGCUCGCCUGGCCGGCGCCCGCUAUGCCAGCGGCGACGUCCUCAUCUUCCUCGACGCCCACUGCGAGGGCGUCACGGACUGGAUGCGCCCCAUGCUGCAGAGGAUCAAGGACGCGCCGACGGCCGUCGUCAUGCCCAUUAUAGACGUGGUCGAACACAAGGACUUCCUCUAUAGCGUGCAGGACCCCGCCAUGUUUCAGGUCGGCGGGUUCACGUUCGUGGGGCACUUCACGUGGAUCGACGUGCCCGAGCGGGAGAAGAGACGGCGAGGAUCCGACAUCGCCCCGACCUGGUCCCCAACCAUGGCGGGCGGUCUGUUUGCGAUCCGCCGGGAAUACUACUGGGAGCUGGGAGCGUACGACGAACAGAUGGCCGGCUGGGGCGGGGAGAACCUGGAGAUGAGCUUCCGCAUCUGGCAGUGCGGCGGCACCCUAGAAACGAUCCCUUGUUCCCGUGUCGGGCACGUGUUCCGCGCCUUCCAUCCUUACGGUCUCCCGGCCAACAGCGACACGCACGGAAUCAACACAGCGCGUAUGGCCGAAGUGUGGAUGGAUGAUUACGCAGAACUGUUCUACCUGCACCGGCCCGAUCUACGCAAAAAUCCAAAAAUCGGCGACGUAACCCAUCGCAAAAUACUUCGAGAGAAACUCCAUUGCAAGAGCUUUCAAUGGUUCCUCGACAACGUGUACCAGGAGAAGUAUGUGCCCGUGCGGGACUCGCAGGCUUUCGGCAGGGUUUCUAACAUGGCAACGAACCUCUGCCUUGACACGAUGCAACGCGAGGGAGAGGCCACGCCGCUCGGCUUCUAUCCUUGUCACGCACAGCUGACCGACACCCAGUUCCUGUCUCUGUCACUCGCGGGGCAGCUGAGAGACGAGGAGCGAUGCGCUGAAAUACAGUUUAUGAGGGACGCGCACCUGUCGGGGGAGGACGAGAGCGCGGCGCGGGUUGUCGUGAUGGUGACCUGCCGGGACAAAGCUGCUAACAACAAAAUGCGAUGGCGCCACUUGGCCGCCACCGGGCAGCUGCAGCACGCGGACAGCGGGCUGUGCGUGGACGCGCGCGGCGCCCGCGCCGGCGACGACGCGCGAGCGCGGCCGUGUGCGCUCGACGACACGCCCGACCAGAGAUGGACGUUCGAUUAUGAUGGAGAGGAUUCACAUCCCGGAGUACUGCCUGCAGAGCUAGAGCAGCGUCUUAGCAAAAUAAAGAGACAGCGCCGCAAGUCCCGCUCGCUCCUGUCCGUGUCCGCGGAGGAGGGCGGGGCGGGGGCGGUGGCGGGGUCGGGGGCGGGGUCGGGGCAGGGGGCGGGUGCGUGGGAGCGGGACGGGGCGCGGCCGUCUCCCUCUCCCCGCGUCCCGCACGUCAAGCGCCGCCGCCGCAGCAAGAAGAAACAGAAGCGGGUCCACAAGAACAAGUUCAUCGUGAGGGUGGAGCGAACACUGACCAACAGCAGCGUGGAACAUCUGGAGAUGGACAUACACUGCAAGCAUCGCAGACUGUAUCCCAACAACAGCUUCGUCAGGGACUUGGUCUCCAUUCUUAAUGAUAAAAAUAUACGGGUGAUAAACAACGGGCGCGUGUUCGAGAAGAACAAGGUCACCGACCUCAAGGACCACCUGCGGAACCAGGAACGCAGACAAACCUCAACAGCGCCCGACGAAGGGUCGCCGGAAGGCACCAUAAAGCCGUGGACGAGCGCUCCCCCCGCGCCCGCGCCGCUGAGCACGCACCACGCCCACCAGGACGACGACGUGGCUGUGCCAACUACAGAGUUCGCCAAGCCAAAGAAGCGGCACCACAAGAAACGGCUUCCAAAGCGCGCGCGAGAGCGCCUCGAGCAUUCCCUGCUGCUCGACGACGACAGCGGAGACCAAGUGGCUAUUGGUGGCUUGAACCACACCGACGCGAAGCUGCGCGCCGCCGGGCGAGAAUCCGAGCGAGAGCCAGACACACGCGAAAAGCCGCACCGCCCGUGGCCCUCGAGCGAGCGAGAGUUUUACGUGCACACCGCGCGCCCCGAUAGCGUCGAGAUACAUCUCACACACACGGACACGGCGAGGGACAAGGACACGCGGGGGAACAGAGACGACAGGGGUGUUAAUUUUAUUAUGUAA